AUGGGCCUUAUCGUUGGAAUCACGCUUUCCAUUGCUGCUGUGCUAUUUAUGUGCAGUGUGUUCGGAAGAAAGCUAUGCAGGAAAGUACAUGCAUCUGCAAACAGUAGCAACACUUCCGGUAGUGACCAAGGACUUGUGACAAGCAGUGAUAGAGAUCAUGGCAGUUUUAUUCUACAGACCUCGCCGUCUGUGUCAUCAGAUUCAUCGGUUUCUGAUGACGUCGGAUCUCUAACAAGCAGUGGUAAAUCUCUAUUACAUACACACGAUGACUGCAAGACAUUUCUCACUCUACUGCAUGCAAGACGAUACUACCCUAGUGAGCCACCUCCAGCUUACCAUUAUGUGAUGAGAAACUCAGAAAAAUAUCCACUGCGCGAAGAUAUGUGUCAGUCUUUUGGGAAGUCUUAUGAUAAUUUAUAGACUUCUGGAGCAACAAUCGUACAGUUAUUGAUUAAUUGUUUCUAAAAGUAC